GAGGCCCCCGGAGGUUGCGCUGGGAAAGACAGGAAAGGGGAUCCCGUCCUGCCUUAAAUGAUCGACUCUGCAAGGGGCUGCCUGGGCUUCCCAUGCAUUUUAUUUUGCACGGCUUGCGGGGCGCGGCUGUCUCCCUGGGGGAGCCUUGCUGCAGCCCCUGAGGCAGAUGUUCAAUAGGGUGAAAAAGAAAUCAAGAAACCAGGCUGUAUGGAACGGUCUGGGGUCUGCUGCAUUUGGGAACAAAGGCCAUCAGAAAAGACAAAGGCAUGAAAAAGGCUGUCAGAGAGAUUCCGGACUGGCCUUCCUGUUUUACGUAGAGGCAAGUGACAACAUAUGCCAGCUUCGCUGGAAUGUCUGUGAAGCAAGAUUCUCAGCCUAUUUCUCUUUCCCCAAAGACACUAUAAGAUGGCGCUGGACUCCAAAACAGGUUGUGCUUCCAUGACUGAGAGUGAAGAGAUUUCCUUGCACCUCGAGCUCUCCGAACCCGGAGCCUCACCUGACAGAACCAAAGAGAGCAUUUCCACGUCUCAUGUGUCGGAAGAUGCAUCUGUAGAUCUCACAGGUAACCCAAUGGAUCAGAGGAGGAGUGUAUCCCAAGAAGGACUCUCGGCAGAUGUCAGUGAAUCGGAAAACGUGCAGGCGCUUGGGAAGGCUGGCAGACGCAAGCUGCGCAUCGGGGAAAGUACAGAGCCUGUUUCCCAUCGCCUUAGACGUCAAAGAAUCUACAAACCGGAGAAAACCCGCAAAUGCACGCAUUGCGGGAAGCACUUUGGCUGGAGGGCAAACCUUUUGGGAGAGAAAACCCAGGCAAGGGCGACAUGCUCAAGUUGCGGAGAGCUGAUGAGUCAGAGCACGCAGCUCCCAGCAACCAGGAAAAUGCGCAAGAGGGAGAAAGCGCAUCAGUGCACUGCCUGCAAGCAGGUCUUUGUGGGGAGCUCAGAACUGGCCGUGCAUAAGAAAGUCCACCAAGCAGAAAAGCCGUACAAGUGCCUGGAUUGCGAGAAGCGCUUUUGCUCCAAGGCGAACAUGCUCCGGCACCACCAGAUCCAUACCGGACAGAAACCGUAUCAGUGCUUGGUUUGCGGGAACACCUUCCGGCAGCAAGAGCAGCUCAUUGCGCACGAGAGAACGCACACGGGCGAGACACCCUUCCACUGCGUGGUGUGCGGGAAAGACUUCAACAGGAAGUCGGUCUUCCUGACACAUCAGAGAAUCCACACGGGCGAGAGGCCGUACAAAUGCUCCUUCUGCAACAAGCGGUUCAUCCGCAGGGCCUACCACGCCAUCCACGAGCGAAUCCACGCCCGGGAGAAGCGCUACAAGUGCUCCGAGUGCGGGCAGAGCUUUAACUGGAAUUCGGAGUUCAUCGAGCACUUGAGGACCCACACCGGAGGGAAGCCCUACAAGUGCCUGGGCUGCGAGAAGCGCUUCGGCUGGCACUCGGACCUUAUCAGACACCAGAGAAUCCACACGGGCGAACGGCCCUACAAGUGCGCCCACUGCCGGAGGGGCUUCGUCCAGAGGGCGCAGCUCCUCUUGCACGAGAGGACCCACACCGGCGAGAGGCCCUACAAGUGCUCCUACUGUGGGAAAAGCUUCAGCCGCAGCUCGGUCCUCAUCAGGCACCUCCUGCUGCACACCGGGGAGAAGCCGUACAACUGCCUGGACUGCGGGAAGAGCUUCUGUGAGAGGGCCCAGCUGGUGUCCCACGAGGUGACGCACGCCGAGGAGAAGCCCUACAAGUGCGCCGACUGCGGGAAAAGCUUCAGCUGGAAGUCGGCCUUCACUCGGCACCGGAGGAUCCACACGGGAGAGAAACCCCACAAGUGCCCCGAUUGUGGAAAGAGCUUCAUUCGAACCACCCACCUUGCCACCCACCUAAGAACCCACGGGCGGGAGGCAGACAGCGAUGCUUUAAUCGGGGAGGACAUUUUAAAUGAAGGGGGCGGCUUAAUGUAGAAUGAAGAAUCCCUGCGAGGAACGGUGGCUUAGACACGAGGGCAAAUAGGGGGGUGUCCCGCCAACCUCGCCAGCCAGACUCCCAACUACCCGACUUCCAGUCCAGGGGGUGACAGCGCCGUCUGUCAGCUUCCUCUUUAGUCUCCAUGUUUCCCUGGAAGAAUUCGGCAGGGAAGAUGGCAGGACAGAAAUAGAAUUAGUCGGCUCUGCCUGACAUUGGCUCUCUGGCGCCACCUACUGUCAGGCUUCCACCAAGCUCAACAGUCACCAUCCACAACUGCAUACAGAUGGGUAGCCAACUCAACAUUCGAAGCUUUGGGCUGGCAUAACAGAGCGCGACCCAAAAGCCCUCUGAACAAAUCGUAUCUCAGCCGCGAGUUCACUAGUUGGCCUUGGCCAAGCGCCCACUUUUAAGAGCCUCGACUUCCCCAUCUAAACACUCGUGUGAAGAAUUCUGGGAACUGUAGUUUGUUAAGGGUGAUGAGAGACAUUAGGGGACACACACACAUCCCGGCCACCUAUUCCCCUCACAGGGCUUACAAUUCCCAGACCCAAUUUUCCAUCCUUCUUCCCAGGGAGUUGUAGCUUUCUGAGGGAGAAUAGAGGGGAUCUCCCAACACUCUUACAGUUCCUGGGGUUCUUCAGGAGAAGCCAUGGCUGUUUAGAGUGGUACAAUGCUGCUUUAAGUGUAUCGUGCAAGUGGAGCCGCACUGAGAGAAUAUAUCAGCAGUAUGCGUUUUGUAUGGCGAGGGAGAAAGAACCAGGUUUGGAGGGCAGAGAAGUGUGGGGUGGCUGAGCUGGGGUGGCAGGGCAAAAAUUCACUGCAGCCCAUCAAAGGAAACUCCGCGCGAAUCUUCAGGCCCAGAAGAGGAGCCAUCGUUGCUGUUGCAGCAGACGGAGAUUCACAACUAGUUCCCAAGAUUUGGUCUUAUGAGGCAAAGGCGCUAGUCCUCAACAUAAGAAUGUGAUGUAUACGUCUCACUGUUGUUAUUAUUUUGUUGGUUAUGUUCUUCUGUUUCCUUGUGUCCAAUGCAGUCUUUACUUCUCUUGAGCUCAUCUCUUACAUUGCUUGAUAAAGCUAGUUGGUUUACUCCUUUCUCACUCUGCCCCCUGUUAACGGAGCUGGGAUACAAAGAACAUGCAGGUUUUAUGCUGAGUGUAAAUGUCACGGACGUGUGCUUGGAGUGUAUCUGACACACAGACAACUUUCUUCUUAGGAUCAGGACCAAGGAAAAUCUGCUGGUAUAUUUUUUAGAAGAACUCAGAUUUGCACAGCACUGAUUGGCCAGUACUUGUGUCAGUCCUGAAUUUUCAGAGUUGGGCUGUUGCACAGCAUUGACUGACUGUCACUCGUGAAACCACAAACCCUCCCUGACUGGAACAGACUAAAAAGCUGCUCAUUUAAUCUGGGAGUAUUAUUAUUAUUAUUCAAUCAAAACAUUUCCAGUCAACCGAUCUAACUAUUGGAUGAACUUAAUGUUGCAGCCCUAACUGAAACACACACAAACAUUAAAUAAAACAGAUUAUGUAUUA